AUGUCAUCACAGGAGUCUCGAUUAGACAGACAGGUUAUCUUGUUAGAAACUGGGUCCACGCAAGUGGUACGGAAUAUGGCUGCUGACCAAUUAGGAGAUUUAGCCAAACAACAUCCAGAACAAACACUCCCAUUGUUAUCGCGGGUUUACCCUUAUCUAUUGAGUAAACAGUGGGAAACUAGAGUGACAGCUGCUAGAGCAGUUGGAGGAAUAGUGUCACAUGCACCGCUGUGGGAUCCCAAUGCGGAUGACGAGGAAAGUAAAAAUCCCCAGACGCAGCAGCCAUUGGGUCCAGAGUCUGCCAAAGUUAAAAUUGAAGAGGAGAUGAAGGUAAAAUUGGAGGAAUUGUCACAUACAGAUGAAUGGAAUGAACUGCAGGACGACACGCAUUAUUUUACUUUGAACAGUUGGAAGAUUAGUGAGCUGCUGAAGUCUGGGAAGAGUCUACUAGCAGCCAGUGCAAAUGAUUAUGAAUCGAAAGCUCUUAAUAUCAAUAAUAAUGGGUCUGCAGAUAUCGAACAGGAUGACGCUAACAAUGUCAAACAUCUGAAGAAAGAGGAUUCGUUUGCCGAUCUGAAAAAGGAAAAUAGUACGGAUUCGCUUGCAGAUGAGGAUACGGUAAAUGAAACGAAAGAAUCGAAGAGAUCAGCAAGAAUGCUGGCCAUGGCAAGAAGAAAGAAAAAGAUUCAAGCUAAAACGGUAAACAAAAAACCUGUAGAUUUGUCACAGUCUAGUGCCACACGUAAUAUGAUACCCAAUAAAGAGGAUCUGAGUGAUUCUCCAACUCCGGUACCAAUGACUUUAACGAACCCUAAACUUGAAAUCACAGAACAAUCCGAUGAGAAGAGAUUAAUGGUCGAAUCAAUGGUGCAACCUAUCUUGGAAAAACAUGAAAAGAUUAGGGGGUUCGUCUGGCAAUUCCAAGGAAUUUAUGAACUCCUAUUAGAUAAUCUUAUGAACGAACAGUGGGAAAUAAGACACGGUGCAGCAUUAGGUUUACGUGAACUUAUGAAGAAGCAUGCUCCCUCAGUUGGAAGACUAAGUGGUAAGUCCAAACAAGACAACGAUUCUCGUAAUUACUGUAGCUUGGAAGACUUAGCUACUCGUCUCCUAACAAUUUUUGCAUUGGAUAGAUUCAGCGAUUUUGUUAACGAUACCGCCGUGGCACCGGUCAGAGAAUCUGCGGCCCAAACACUCGCAACAUUAUUGAUACAUUUAGACGACGAAAUUGCAUUGAAAGUUUUCCAAAAGUUGGAGCAAUUGGUACUUCAGGAUCCUGGACUUACAGGAUCUCCAAACAAAAUAUGGCAAGCUACCCAUGGUGGAUUGUUGGGUAUUAGAUACUUUGUAUCGAUCAAGACGGAUUUCUUGUUCAAACACAACUUACUUAACAAUGUGGUAAACAUCGUUCUUUACGGACUCAAAGAAAGCGACGAUGACGUACAAAGUGUCUCUGCUGCUAUACUUUCACCAAUAACAGAUGAUUUUGUAAAGUUACAAACUGACACCAUUGAUUUAGUGCUAACUACAGUAUGGAACUCGUUGACACAUUUGGAUGAUGAUUUAUCAUCAAGUGUCUCUUCAGUAAUGGAUCUUUUGGCAAAACUAUGCAAACAUGAACAAGUACUCGCUGUAUUAAAGCAAAAAAGUAUCGACUCACCAUCUGAAUGGUCCUUCAAAUCCCUUGUUCCUCAACUAUAUCCCUUCUUGAGACAUUCUAUCACAAUGGUACGAAAGUCCGUUCUCAAUUUACUAUCAGCUUUCUUGUCUCUUAACGACAGUGCCACCAAAAAUUGGAUAAACGGCAAACUGUUCAAAUUGAUAUACCAGAACAUUUUAUUGGAACAAAAUGUGGAAGUGUUGGAUCUAUCUUGUAAACUUUAUGCCGCAAUGUUAAACGGUUACGUUAAUAGCAAAGGACAGGAAAAAAGCAUUGAUUUUGUAUUCAGCAAAUAUCUCACAUCAAUUUUGCAUUUAUUAAUAACACCAAUCGGAGAGCAAGGAAAAAAUUAUGCAAUGGACAUUCAGCAUAUUACCAAACCAUCUUCGAGUUAUUUGAUAAACCUUGAGCGUAAGCGCUCUAAUGCCACAGCUAACAGCAGCAAUGUAACCGCCACUUAUAGCCAUCGCGUGAAUAUUGAUUCACCAAUGUUGGCUGGUGACGUGACAUUAAUUGGGCUAGACAUAAUAUACAAUACAAGAGUAAAGGCUGCGAAAACUUUGGGUUUAACCUUAUCGUUUUUCCAAGAAUCCACCCUUAGAUCUUUCUUUGAGAAUGUCUUAGCAAGUUGUCUUGAUUUACCAUACUCUACCCCAAGAAUGUUGGUAGCUAUAGUUCUAUCAUCGUUUUGCACGAAUUGGAAAGAGAAUCAACAGCAUAAUCCGGUACCCGCUUUCAUGUCUACACUAUUUAGCUCUACUUUCCUAGGGUUUUUGACGGGCGCGACUACACUUCCAGUUUUUCGUGAACUAACACCAAUUUUAAAAGCAUUACGCACUCAGUGUCAGAGUUUGAUGACAACAUUUGUCGAUGUAGGAAUGUUGCCUCCUCAAAGAGUUCCCGCAAUCGCGAUUAUAGUUAAGGGCGAGCCAGAAGCUGGUCCCGAGGCCUUUUCAAUCCAAACUGCCGAGAAAGUACAGACAGAGUUUUAUGCCAAAUUGUUCUCACUCCUACCAAAUGCUCAGAAGAUUUUGGCUCAAAAACCGUUAGAAGACGCACGCUAUCGCGUUUCCUUGGCCAUAGAAUCGGCAAAAGAGUCAGAAAGGGAAAGGCAACUAGAGGUUUUGUCAAGUUACGCGUCUGCAGUUAUGUUGAUAGAUGGUUUACCAAACAAGUUGAAUCCUUUAAUUCGUUCUUUGAUGGACAACGUUAAAUCUGAAAAACAUACCAUUUUACAACAAACAUCAGGGGAUAGCAUUGUUAAUUUAAUCAGUGAAUUAGUAUCCGCUCAGAAACACAACGUUGCGAAUAAGAUUGUUAAAAAUUUGUGUGGAUUUAUAUGCGUUGAUACAUCAGAAGUCCCUGAGUUCGAUGGUACCAACACAACUGUCAUAACUACUUUAGUAAAAGAGGCAGCUAGUUUGUCAUUACAAGAAGACUCUGAAAUGAAAAAGAUGACCGAGUCUGCUCGAAUCAAGCGAAAAGGUGGUAUGCAUACUUUGAUGAAACUUUUGAUUAAAUUCCAAGAAAAAACCUUGGAGGUAGUUCCACAAUUGAAAAAGUCUCUAUUCGAACCACUUGAAAAGAUUGAUAUCUUAUCUUCUAACGGAGAUGAAACUACUUUCAAAAAGACUGGCCAAGAAAUCGUGGACGCCUUCGGAAUCAUUAGGGCCUUGUUCACAUACAUGCCAGAAAGUGUUCAAGAUGAGGAAGUGCUUUCUAGACUUCCUGUUUUCAGAGAUUUCUUGAGAUCAAAUGUUUCGGUAAUACGAUACUCAGCAGCCAGAACUUUAUCAGAACUAGCAUGUCAUAAGCCUGUAGUCCUUAUGUCAUAUGUCAUUACUGAUAUUCUACCUAUGCUCAACAAUGCUGGCUCCGUCACAGACAGGCAAGGUGUUGUUGAACUAUUGUACCACCUUUCUAUUCAAUUGGAAAGUGACAUUUUACCUUACGUCGUUUUCUUGAUUGUUCCGCUAUUAGGGAGGAUGAGUGACUCUAAUGAAGAUAUUCGUAAGUUAGCAACUACUACCUUCGCCUCGAUCAUCAAAUUAGUGCCAUUGGAAGCUGGUAUUGCAGCCCCUGUUGGUUUAUCCGAGGAGCUAUUAAGAGGUAGAGAAAAAGAAAGAGAUUUCAUUCAGCAAAUGAUGGAUCCAUCCAAAGCCAAACCAUUUAAACUUCCAGUGGCGAUCAAGGCAACUUUGAGGAAAUAUCAACAAGAUGGUGUCAAUUGGUUAGCAUUCUUAAACAAGUAUCAUUUGCAUGGUAUUUUAUGUGAUGACAUGGGUUUAGGUAAGACUUUACAAACAAUUUGCAUCAUUGCUAGUGACCAAUAUUUGAGAUCAGAAGACUACAAAAAGACACAGUCGGAAAAAACACGUCCCCUUCCAUCCUUAAUCAUUUGCCCUCCUUCUUUGACAGGACAUUGGGAACAAGAAUUUCAACAGUACUCACCUACACUAAAUGUUCUCGUUUAUGCAGGUGGACCUUCGGUAAGAUAUCCUUUACAGGGACAAGUUCCAACAGCUGAUAUCGUUGUUACUUCAUAUGAUGUUGCUAGAAAUGACGUGGACUUUCUCAAAAAAUAUGACUAUAAUUACUGUGUAUUAGAUGAAGGUCAUAUCAUUAAGAAUUCUCAAUCAAAAUUGGCAAAGGCAGUGAAGCUAAUCAAUUCCAAUCAUAGAUUAGUUUUGACGGGUACUCCUAUCCAGAAUAAUGUAGUUGAAUUAUGGUCAUUAUUUGACUUUUUGAUGCCUGGCUUCUUAGGUACAGAAAAGAUGUUCCAAGAAAGAUUUGCAAAACCAAUUGCCAGUUCGAGAAAUAGUAAAACAUCGUCAAAGGAACAGGAAGCUGGUGCUUUGGCAUUAGAAGCUUUGCAUAAACAGGUACUACCAUUCAUGCUCAGAAGAUUGAAGGAAGAAGUGUUGUCUGAUCUUCCACCAAAGAUCAUUCAAGAUUAUUACUGUGAACUAAGUGAUUUGCAGAAACAAUUGUACAAUGACUUCGUCAAGAAACAGAAGAACGUGGUAGAAAAAGACAUCGAAAAUACUGCUGAAGUCGAAAAUAAACAACAUAUUUUCCAGGCUCUCCAAUAUAUGAGAAAGCUAUGUAACCAUCCGUCAUUGGUUUUGAAUUCUUCGCAUCCUCAAUUCCAACAAGUUCAAAGCUACCUUUCUCAGACUGGAAUGGAUCUCCACGACAUAGGACACGCUCCUAAAUUAGAAGCUCUAAAGACUUUGUUACUAGAAUGUGGUAUUGGCAUCCAGGACGUUGAAAAGAAGUCCAACAAAAAUCCCUCCAUUGAUAACGUCAUUAGUCAACAUCGUGUUUUAAUUUUCUGUCAGUUAAAGGAUAUGUUAGACAUGGUAGAAAACGAUUUGUUAAAAAAGCACUUACCGUCAGUAACUUUUAUGCGUUUAGAUGGUAGCGUCGACUCCAGAGAUAGACAAAAGGUGGUUCGUAAGUUCAACGAGGAUCCAUCUAUCGAUUGUCUACUAUUAACCACUAAAGUCGGUGGGUUAGGGUUGAAUCUAACUGGUGCAGAUACUGUCAUUUUUGUCGAACACGAUUGGAACCCAAUGAAUGAUCUACAGGCAAUGGACCGUGCACAUAGAUUGGGUCAAAAGAAAGUCGUCAAUGUCUAUAGAAUAAUCACUAAGGGCACUUUGGAAGAGAAAAUCAUGGGUCUACAAAAAUUCAAAAUGAAUAUUGCAUCUACCAUCGUCAAUCAACAAAAUGCAGGCUUAGGAUCAAUGAACACACAUCAAUUGUUAGACUUGUUCGAUGCUGACAAUAUCCCUUCACAAGAGAAGGUUGAGAAGAAAAAAACUGUUGAAGACGUCGCUAACGAGAGCGGCUUAACAGGUAAAGCCAAGGAAGCCGUUGGUGAACUAAAAGAAUUAUGGGAUUCUUCUCAAUACGAAGAAGAAUACAACUUAGACAACUUUAUAAAGACUUUACGAUAG